AUGGUGUCCGCAACCCCGAUGCGCAACGACCUACAUGAUCUCCUAAACUCAUCACACCUCAUAUGGGGCCGGUUCGGCACUAAGGCCGCGAUCCCCUUCGACGGUGACAUGGCCGGACUUACAGUCCGCAGCGCUGCUCUCAAGGUUCUUCCUCAAUGGUGUCUCUUACCUUUUCACCUUUCCCUCUGGGUCCCCUCGCCGCUACCAGAGACCGUUGACUUGACCGAUGCGGAAUCUGACUCGGAAGAGGCCGUUCUAUCCCGACGCCCCUCGCCUGAUACCUUGCCCCGCCCUCCACCUCCACCUCUUCUCCCACCUCUCCUUGUCCCCUAUAACGAGGGCACAGCAAACAAGGUGGAUAAACAGCAGCUGGCGAAGGGUUUUGUGUACAUGGUAAAAGUGUUUAAAAGAAUCAAUGGUACACUUGCAGAGCUCCAGAAAGAUCCGGCGAAGGUCAAACUCAACUGCGAGAAGUAUCAGAGGGAGCUGGACAUGCCUCAGGCGGAGGAAUCUGCAGCUCGGAGGAAGAUUGCAAGCCUCGCAAAGCAGAACAAGGAGUUGGGAGAAGAGGUCGCUAACAAAGAAGCAAGAGAGAACUGCGGAGGAGGAGCCACUGGGCUCGAGCGUGGUCCAUUCUCCACUGAGGAAUUCAGCACGAAGAUCGUCCGACCCAUCCUCCGCCUAAUUCGCCGUCGUCGCACCAUGGAGACACCAUUGAGCCUCCCAGAUGGAAACAUAGUCUUCCCCGACAUCUGCCAACAACAGAGGAAGCGGCUAGGCCUAGGCCCGAUGGCCGAUCAAUCUCUCACCAAGAACCCCGGCCAUGACGUCCAACCCGCCGCCUUCGACGGCUCCGCCCCACCACGAAUUAACCUGGCGACCUACUUACAUGAGGCCCUGGUCUCGCUCGGCGGCCGCAACGUCGACGUUUUCGACCCAACCAACUCCCGAAACGCAGCCAUACUCGAGGACGUGAAAUCAGCCACGGCAGAACACGCACACGCCGUAAAGACCGACGCCGAUGGCGGGUUGACGUAUAUCUUCGGCAUUGCCUAUAAGGAAUACCUCUGCUUGCCGCCGUCGAGACGCGCCGAAAUGCUAUAUUUUACGCUUGGGAAGAGUCCGGUGCUCCUACGAACGGUUGAACUCUGUAGAGAGUGGGUGCCGGCCCGAGAUACGGGGCAUUAUCCCCCCCAAUCAAACUCAAGCACUGAUUCGAGUGCCCCCCAACCUCUUGCCUUUUUGUCUCUGUUGCCGCACCCGACGAUUAAAGGCUUCGAGGCGGCGCCGUGUAUCUUGAGCUGCGAGCUGGUCUGCGGAGGCGACGAGUGGCUAUCGAUCCAGCGAGUCUUCCACCUCGGAUUGUGGUCAUCCUCGCAGAAGCCGUCUUAUAUGGCGUAUUCACCGCCUGGAGAAAGAGAUUAG